AUGUCAGAGGAGAAAAGUGAAGUGCUGUGGGGAUAUACGGGGCCACAACAGACCGUCCAGCAACAACUCAAGGAAGGACUCAAGGAAGGACUCAAGGAAGGACUCAAGGAAGGACUCAAGGAAGGACUCAAGGAAGGACUCAAGGAACGACUCAAGGAACGACUCAAGGAACGACUCAAGGAACGACUCAAGGAACGACUCAAGGAACGACUCAAGGAACGACUCAAGGAACGACUCAAGGAACGACUCAAGGAACGACUCAAGGAACGACUCAGGAACGAAAGAAGUAUUUGA